UCCCCGCCCCAGCGUAGCUCAGUUGCCUCCGGACAGCCACGCUGUACACUGCUGCUCUGUUGAAACGUCCGCAACCCUGCUGCUGCCUCGAUCCACGCCGCCACUGGCUCACUCCGCCUCCUCGCCCACUCAUGGGGAAAAAUCUUCACAUCCCGGCACUGACAUGCGCGGUGGACUCGGCAUAGUCAGAGAGGGGACGUAAAUAGUUUCCAAAUAAACUGAGUCACUUCCGCGCCAGCAACGACUCUGCCAGAAGCUCAAACGCGCGCACACACAUUUGCCGACCACCUCGCAGUGGCAAAACCCGGGCGCGCGCACGUUUUGGCGGGAAAAAGUUUACAAGUGAAGUGUGACAUGCGCACGGAAUCUUCAAGACUGGAGACAAGUUCGUGAGUUUGUACAAGACUGCGAGAAAACUUUUGUGAUUGGCUAACGACUCUGCAAGGCGACUUGAACUCUCACAAGUAACUCGUUCUUCACCGCUCGAAAAACCUCUUCUGGUCCAGGGGCAUAUCGUCGUUAAUUUUUUUCUAGAGCAAUUCCGUUUGUAAACGGAAUAAACAGAAAUACAUCAACGCACAGGGUCCUGGUCAGAUACAUGGAUCGCGGCAAUAUAUCGUGCAGGGUUGAGUUGCCUCGGUAACAAGAAGAGGGAACCCUGAAGAAGCAAUAGGCUGACGAAAAAAAUCUUCAUAAGGCAGAGGCACGUUAAAGAAAGGAUGAUAAUGCAGUUAGCAGGGGAUUCUGACAUCGGGCCGCUGGCUCUCGACAGAGAAGAAGAAGAUUAUAAAGAAAUUUCCCAUUCUGACACCUCCAUCAACGUCGCAAGGUGGGCGACGUUCCGAGACAGUGAGGGGCGACGAGACAGUGAAUAUAGCGACGUCCCAGACGAUCAGCGACCGCCCUUACACAUUUCGCUCGCCGAGAUCUCAUUCAUCAUCAAAUUAUCGAAAGCAAUGAACUCUGAGGGAGGUGUUUCGCCGCCACCGUCCCCACCUACAGCUGCUUCCCCCGCACCUACCAUGGCUCCCGGACAUGGUGGUUCCAGUCCAGUCAGCGGUUUGGCCACUUUGCACCACGCCCUACAUGGUCUACACAACCUACACAAUUUGCACAAUCUUCAGAACUUCCAUAACCUUCAACAGAAUCUACAGACCCAGAUGGCGGCGCUAGCUGGCUUGCAGGGCGGACUCGGUGUUCCUGGUGUUGGUUCCCUUCUUCAUCCUCCUUUAGCACCCCAGCAACACCCUGCACCUGCGGCACCUUCACCGGCUGGUAUGAGUCCCGCACCACCUCCUGCCAAUGGUAACAACGCUUCCGCUGUACCUCAGAUGGUGCUCACAUCCGGCCAUGUGACACAAGGAGUUCAGGGUGCCCAACUUCUCAUACCUACCUCCCAGGGAAUCGCAGUACAGCCGAUCUUAACCAUCCCUCUGGGGCAGGCCGGAGUCCAGGGCUCAUCCUCGCUCGUCAAUCCUCUCGUUCCUCUCCACCACUUGCAGCAUCAAGGUCCCCAUCCGCAACACACAGGUUCUGCUACUUCGUCGCCCCUCCCACCCAAUUCCUCCUCGAAUUCCUCUUCCUCCUCUUCCUCUUCCUCUGCGUCCGCUGCUCCCCACCCUUUACUAGGCUUAGCAGGUCUACCACCAUCCCUCUUCCAUGCUCACCACGCCCAUAACAACAACAACAACAACAGUAAUAACAACAACAACAAUAAUAUGGGCACACCCGAUAAACCAAAAUUACCGUUGUCUUUAUCAUCUCCUGUAACGGCUGAUGCUGUGGGCGCUUUAGGAGCCAGAAUGGGAACUCACUACCCUGCCCCCCCUCCGCCUCCACCUACAGCACGAUACUCUCCAGACUUUCUUGACAAUCAUACUGGAUCCACGGGAGGCCCCCCCUACUGGCAACUGGAUCUUCGGAUGGCCCCGUCUUUGAAAAAUCCAGGAUGUAUCACAGAUGAUGACGACCAACCCACGAUCAGCCAGUCAACCGGUAACUUAGUUGACGGUGUGAACCUUGAUGAAAUAAAGGAAUUUGCUAAGGCGUUCAAAAUCCGUAGGCUUUCCAUGGGUUUGACUCAAACCCAGGUUGGCCAAGCUUUGAGCAUCACUGAAGGCCCAGCAUAUUCCCAGUCAGCCAUCUGCAGGUUUGAAAAACUAGACAUCACGCCAAAAAGUGCACAAAAGAUCAAGCCUGUUCUAGAGCGAUGGAUGCAGGAAGCGGAGGACAGGUACAAGAACGGCCAGCACACCUUAACAGAGUUCAUGGGCACUGAACCUUCCAAGAAAAGGAAGCGCCGCACAAGUUUCACUCCGCAGGCCCUCGAGGUUCUUAACGGUCACUUCGAGCGGAACACACACCCAUCAGGUGCCGAGAUCACAGCUCUUGCUGAGCAGCUAGGCUAUGAGCGUGAAGUGGUGAGGAUCUGGUUUUGUAAUAAGCGGCAGGCUUUGAAAAACACCGUUCGCAUGAUGGCCAAGUCCAGCCCCACGGCGCCGCCCCCACCCCCUCCACCCCAUCCAACUCUUAAUUAAGGACCAGUGGAAUGAACGAAGAUCAGCGGAUAAAGAAUGAACCAGAAAGAUAGCGAGAAACAUAAAAUUAUAAGAAAUAUUUCUAUUUAAAAUAGAAUACUUUGCAAGUCAGAUGUUUUGUACGUUCUGGAGUAGAAGUACCAAAGGGAACAAGCUUAAAAAUGCAAUGCCAAAUAUUGAUCGUCAUCAUUAUAUGAUUGAUGAUCAUAAAGCAUGCAUAUAUAUAUAUAUAUAUAUAUGUAUAAACAUAUAUGCAUACACAGACGCACAAGCUCACGCACACACGCACACGCACAUGCACAC